CCCUUUUGGCUUCCACUUUAUCAGGAUGGCCAUGGGGGAUGUAGACCCAUUUGGAACCAUAGAAAUAUUGGGAUGCCUGUCAGAAUACGACCUGGUCGAGGUGGAGCCGGUGGGCGGCCGGUACCAGCAGUUCUGCUCGGCGCGCGCCAACUCGCACUGCCUCGGCGACUCGGAGGCAGCGGCUGAGCUCGAGCCCGAGGACGACUCGGCCAGCGAGCUCGCGCUCGAGGACGACAUCGGCUUCCUGCGCACACUCGACCCCAAGGAAUGGAAGAAGCAGGACCACUACAAGGUGCUGGGACUGACCAAGCUGCGCUUCAAGGCCACCGAGGAGGACAUUAAGCGGGCAUACCGGCAGAAGGUGCUGAAACACCACCCGGACAAGCGGCGCGGCGCCGGAGAGGAGAUCCGCGAGGAGGACGACUACUUCACCUGCAUCACCCGCGCUUACGAGACGCUCGGCGCGCCCGCCAAACGGGCCAGCUUCGACUCUGUGGACCCGCUCUUCGACGACGAGAUACCCGACGGCAAAGUCAGCAAGGAAAAGUUCUUUAAGACGUUCCGGCCGGUGUUCGCGAGGAAUGCCCGCUGGUCCAGCAAGCAGCCGGUGCCUGACCUGGGCUCGCCCACCUCCUCCCGCGACCACGUCGAGUGCUUCUACAGCUUCUGGUACAACUUCGACUCGUGGCGCGAGUUCAGCUAUCUGGACGAGGAGGAAAAAGAGAAGGGCGAGAACCGGGACGAGCGGCGCUUCAUCGAGCGGCAGAAUAAGGCAGCGCGUAAAGACCGCAAGAAGGCGGAGACGGCGCGCUUGCGCCAGCUGGUGGACAGUGCCUAUGCCUGCGAUCCGCGUGUGCAGCAGUUCAAGGAGGCCGACCGUCAGAAGAAGGCCGCUCAGAAGCAGCGCAAACAGGAGGAGCGCCAGAAGCGGAUAGAGGAGGAGCAGCAGACGCUGCGCGCGGCCGAGGAGGAGGCGCGCCUCCGCCGCGAACAGGAGGAGGCCGCCUGCCGCGCCGAGCAGGAGACGUCGCGCCGCGAGCGUGAGGCGGCGCGCCAGGCGCUGGCACGCAGCCGGCAGACGCUACGCCAGCUGUGCGCCGGCAGCGGCUACUUCGCCGCGUCGGACGCCGAGCGGGCCGACCACAUGAUGGAGGUGGAGCGCAUGUGCACGGUGUUGGAUGCGGCGCGGCUGGACGAGCUGGGCGAGCAGCUGCGGGCGGCGGCCGACGGCCGGCCGCUCUUCCUCGCCGAGGUGCAGACUGUCCGCGAGCACAUGCAGCAGGAGAGAAUCGGUGUCGACUCGGGCUCGACCAAGUCGGCGGCCGGCGGCGACAAGAGCAAGGCCAAGGCCUGGUCGCACGAGGAGCUGCAGACGCUGAUCAAGGCUGUGAAACUGUUCCCCGCCGGCACCAGUCAACGGUGGGAAGUAAUAGCUAGCUUUAUUAAUCAGCACGUGGAGGGUUCGAAAAGGACUGCCAAAGAGGUGCUGGCGCAUGCGAAGGACCUGCAGAAGUCCGAUCAGAGGCUCAAACAGUCGGCCAACCAGAAUGCGUAUGAGAACUUUGAGAAGACGACCAAGGCGCCGAGCAAGAUAGACAACUCGGGAAUCUCAGAGCGCACUGAAACGCCGCUAGACCAGCAGGGUAGCAACUCGGCGCCGUGGACGCCCGAAGAGCAGAAGCGGCUGGAGCAGGCACUCAAGACGUACGGGCCACAGACGGCCGAACGCUGGGACCGCAUCGCCGAGUGUCUGCCCAACCGGACCCGCAAGGACUGCAUGCGGCGCUACAAGGAGCUGGUGGAGCUGGUCAAGGCCAAGAAGGCGGCACAGGCGGCCGUCAGC